CGCCCCUGAAUUGGAAGAAGCAGAGAGAAAACGAGUGGAUGGUUUCCAUCAUUUCUUCUUCAGGGGCCGGCUCAAAUCUGCCCAAAAGCAAGUUCCAGGACCUGCGGACCAGUGGGUAUUGAUGGCUACCCCGUUUCCAAAGCUCAGCUCCUCUCUGUGAAAGCAGUGCGCUGCACACCUGCGUUUGGCUGAAAAUUUAUGAACUCAGUAAAAAAACAAAACAAAAUUACAGGCACAGCGAUAAAACAACCAGAGACCGGGGACAAGGGAGGGGUAUAUAAAUCAGGAGGGAGAGCGAGAAGGGGGCACAUCAGACUCGGGACGCUGGAGAGGAGAAGUCGCCAAGCAAACGAAAAUCUCCGACAAAGGUCCCUGCCGCACUGCCUCCCAGCUCUCCCCCGUGAAGACCAGCCAUGAUGGGCAAGCUCCUGCUGUCCUGGGCCCUGCUGCUCACCGUGUCCUGGCCCGUCUUCGCCCACCCCAUCACAGACUCAGCCGAGAUGUCCUACUCCGGGCCGGUGUCGGUGGAGGAGAGUCGUGUGGUCAGCCCAGACGAUCUCAGCCUCUCGGAACAGGCCUUCCUGUCCCAGGGCAGCCCAGCUCUAGGCUACUCUUCACUGCCAGCCGCUGACAUCGUCCGGGAUGGAGGCCUCAGAACAACAGGGUACGUUCCUCGGGAAGCUGUGAAAGAGGUAGGCACCGACGUCUUUGCAACGUUGAAGGAUCCUGUUUCCGAGUUACAGAGCUUCUCAUAUUUUUGCAACUGA